AUGGCAGCCCGUCACUGCUGCUUCGUCGAUGGCGGCUGGUUCAGAGGAGUGAAAGGGGGGAAGGGAGGGAAGUGGUGUCAGGGGGCAGAGGUGAGCGGCGCUGGCGAGAGGGCGGGGGAGAUGGGAGGGCGACGCGAGUAUGGAGGGUGGAUAAGAGAGAGAGGCAAGAGAAGGGGGAGUUUAGAUCUGUGCUCGACGGAUUUACAGAGGGGAAGGGGGGAGACGGCGGCGUUACAGAGGGGGAAGAGGGAGGCAGCGCCGGCAAAAGAGGGGAAGGGAGCGGCGGUGACUGUUGAGUUACAGAGGGGGAAGAGGGCAGCGGAUUUACAGAUGGGGAAGGUGGGAGGCGGAGGCGGCGGCGGCGGAACAGAGGGAGGCGGCGCCGGUGGAACAGAGAGGAAGUGA